AUGCUCUUCUCCGAUAGCCUUGAGGAUUUGAGAAAUAUUAGGAAACAACUCUACUCAGCUGCAGACUAUUUCGAGUUUUCUUAUAUCAGCGAUGACCAAAACCAUAUAGUGGUGAAUACAUUGAAGGAUUAUGCCAUUAAAGCUCUUGUGAAUACUGUAGACCAUUUGGUCUCUGUGUCCUGUAAGGUGAAUGAUUUGUUGGAUGAGAAGGUUGAUGAAGUUGCCAGAACAAAGCUCCGUUUAUCAUGUAUCGAGCAGAGGCUAAGGACGUGCCAGGAGUAUACUGAUCGUGGAGGCCUUUCUCAGCAGUCACUAGUGAUAAAUGCUCCCAAGUACCAUAAACGGUACAUCUUGCCAGUGGGGGAGACCAUGCAUGGUGCGAUCCGUACUAAGUUGAAGUUCCAAGGAUGCAACCUAGAUGAUGAUGAUGACUGGCAUCAGUUAAAGAAUGCUAUUCGAGCUACAAUUGGAGAUGCUCCAUCAUCGGUAGUCAUUAAAGGAUGGUCUCCUUCCCCAUCUCCACGACUUGCUCAGCAACCUGGAAACUUUUCAUUCUCUGGUACCGUCACGAGAAAAGAUACAGAAAAACGAACAGUCUCACCAUUCCGCUUUCCCCUUUUGCGUUCGGGAUCCUACUCUAGUAAGCCAAACACACCAAAAAGUUCGCGGCCAACAACCCCAAAUCGGAGUCGGGCAACCACUCCAAACCCCUCUUUUGGAAGACAACAGUACAUUUCAGAACCUCGAAAAACGGCUUCAAUGUGCUCUCGUGUUGAGAAAGAAAACCCGAAAGAUAUAGAACAAUUUCCAAGCAAAAGUAAACGCCUUCUGAAGGCAUUGCUCAGUCGACGCAAGUCGAAGAAAGACGAGACUUUAUACACUUAUUUGGAUGAAUAUUAA